UCUGGAAGUGGUAAUUUGUUGGGUACUUAUACGAAUUUCAGAGUAAAUAUUCAAUUAAAGUUCCUAUUUGUGGUCCAUUGGAUGCAAUGUAAGUGGUGUUGAGUAUGUGUUUGGAAUCGUUGGAAUCCCGGUCAUUGAGCUUGCUAUGGCCAUGCAAAAAGAAGGCAUCAAGUAUAUUGGAAUGAGGAAUGAACAAGCUGCUUCUUAUGCUGCCUCAGCCAUUGGCUAUAUGACUGGCAAACCCGCAGGAUGCCUAGUUGUGUCAGGACCAGGCCUUGUUCAUGCAUUUGCUGGAAUGUCCAACGCCAUGGAAAACUGCUGGCCGAUGAUAGUGAUAGGUGGGUCCUCUGAGAGGGAACAGGACAAGAUGGGUGCAUUCCAAGAGUACCCUCAGGUGGAGUGUUCGCGACUAUACAGCAAGUUUUCAUGCCAACCGUCCAGUAUUGCCAGAAUUCCAUUUUAUGUUGAAAAGGCUUACAGAAACAGCAUAUAUGGUAGACCAGGGCCAGUAUACAUUGACAUUCCUGGGAACAUGGUUAUGGCUCAAGUGCCAGAGAAGACUGUACGUUAUGUCCCACAAUGUCCACCACCACCGAGGAUGUGUGCUGCAGGCGCUGAUGUGAAGAGAGCAAUAGAUUUGUUGUCAACUGCAAAAAGUCCUCUUGUCAUUGUAGGGAAAGGAGCUGCGUAUGGACAAUGUGAAGCAGAGUUAAAGACCCUUGUUGAAGGGUGUAAGCUCCCUUUUCUUCCUACACCAAUGGGAAAAGGAACCCUGCCAGAUGAACAUCCAUUGUGUGUGGCUCCGGCCAGGUCAAAGGCUCUACAGGAUGCAGAUGUGGUGUUACUUCUAGGGGCCAGGCUCAACUGGAUCCUGCAUUUUGGGGCUCCCCCUAGGUUUAGACCAGAUGUCAAGAUCAUACAGAUUGACAUUUGCCCAGAAGAGAUAGGAAACAAUGUUCCCCCCGCAGUGGGUCUAGUCGGCGAUCUGAAAUCCGUUCUUGGACAGUUUAACGAGGAAUUAUCUAAGCGCUCCCCGAAAUUUGUGUUCAGUUCAAGCUCUAAUUGGUGGAAAACUCUGAACGAGAAACUUGAGAAGAAUAGGAUCAGUGUGCAGAACAACUCCGAGGACAAAACUGUGCCGCUCAACUACUAUGCUGCAUUUGAUGAGGUGAACAAAAUAAUACCGAGGGAUGCUAUAGUCAUCAGUGAAGGAGCCAACACAAUGGACAUCAGUAGAACCUGUAUACCCAAUUCACUCCCCAGGCACAGGCUGGAUGCUGGCACAUUCGGUACCAUGGGUGUGGGAGUGGGGUUUGCCAUCGCGGCUGCCGUGUACUGUAGGGACUAUGCUCCAAACAAACGGGUGAUUUGUAUCCAAGGAGACAGCGCAUUCGGGUUCUCUGGAUUUGAGGUGGAAACAGUGUGCAGGUACCGAUUGCCAAUCGUUUUCAUCAUCAUCAACAACAACGGCAUCAGUAAGAGCUUUGGUGAAGAGGUCUUCAACAGUCUGGAAGAAACUGACAGGCUUCUGAGUCAUCCGCCUACAGUUUUAUCACCCAAUGCCCGGUAUGAAAAAGUGCUAGAGGCAUUUGGAGGCAACGGUUACUUUGUGAACACCCCGGAAGAAAUUCAGAAAGCGUUGAAAGAAUCCAUGGCCAACAAGAAACAAGCUUCCAUGGUUAACAUCAUGAUAAGCACAAUGGCUGAUAGAAGGCAGCAGGCAUUUUCCUGGCUCGAUUCUGUGCAGCCAAGCAAGAUGUAAGCUGGCUGUCAAUACAAACCAUUCUGUGAUUCUAUGGAGUUGGUUUUGUUUAAGUUUUAAAGUGAACUCAUGCACGGAUACGAACACAAGAUCCAACUUGCAUGUAGACAUGUUUAUACCUGUGAUUACCUAUUGUGACUUUGCUGACAUUCACUCCAAUAUGACUGGUUUCAUGGACAGGGUUAAUUCACCAAGGGGGAAACGUAAAAUAGUUAUUGAUAGAACUUCUAUAUGUAUGUUUACAUAUGUCUUUAUUUCUUUGCGUAAUGUACCUACAUACAGUAAAUAUUGUUGAAACUUGAAACUUGAAACUUGUUUAAACCAAUUAUACACAGAACUUAUUUCUCGUGCACGAUUUUUGAUGCAAUAUACAUUUUGUACAUGUAAAUGCUUUGAGAAGAAGAAUGUGUGCAUUUUUGGUGUUACCAAAUUUGACAUCUUUAUACCAGGAUGUAUUCGUGUCAUUAGAACAUUUUGGGUAAUUAUUUAGUUUUGUAUAACAUUUAUUUUGUCAGUAAUAUCAGUUUAUGAUUUAAUGAUGAAGAACAAAAAUGAUUACUUCUACUUUUAGUUCCAUUAUUAAUGUAUAGUAUUUACAAUGGAUGAAGCCAACAUAGGUCGGCGAUGGUGGAACACAUAUUUUGUGUAUAAUUAUAUAUAUGUAUAUUAAGAUUGUGGACUCUCUCAGAAUAGAUAAAUUAUUAUGAAAUGUGACAAUAACAAUUAUCGAGCACCUUCCUGCACUUGUUUGGGGAGCUUUGAUAAUUCGCGAUUUCAUUUAUUAAACCUGAAAGGAUU